AGUCUCAGAUUUGUGCUGGUUUUUUUCCAGCUCAGUCCAGAUGAUACACGAUAUCGGCAUUGCAAGUUAUGUUGCCCAGCCACAUAGUUUACGGGCAGCUCACACAAUCAAGACCGUGUGGCUGCAUUCACCAACCUCCAUUUUCUUUGAAUCUUUUGAAACUAAGGCCUCCACGAAAAUAUGGAGCAAAGGUUGUGUGCCAUCGUAAAAUUAUAUUUUCGGUUUGAACAAUUUUCGGCGGCCAUGCUGAAUUGCUGUUUCAUUGGGAAGAACCAGCCUGAAAUGAAUUUCCGCCAGACAAGUGCAAAAAGGAAUAUGGCAUUCAAAUGUUGAUUUCGGUUUUUCGGUCCCGUUUUCUUGCAUUGCCAAAUGAAAGUGACAUUGUCCUAAACGAGUAUGGGUUGGGUUUACCUCAUCGUAAAAUGAACUUGUUCAGGUUUGCCGAAAGGUAUUCCAUCCAGGAAAUAAGGGCUGACCCACCUACGUCCUAUUCCAGUUUACCUAUGGCCGAAUUGAACCAUUGGAAUGAGUGAAAAAUAAUCGAUAAUUUUAUUCAUAAUUCUCGCAGACUCCGUUUUAGACUCGCAUGCGGGUCUAAUCCAUCCGUCGCGAUAGCAAUUGAAUUGACCCAUUCCAUUGAUCACUAACCGUUUCAGCUUUAAAUGUCCGCAGGCAUUUGCGAACAUGGAGAUGAUGAACCAUAGAACUCACCAGCACUACAAACAUAAAUAGCAUCUUGUUACGUUUCAAUAUGGAGACUAACGGUGUUUAGCAAGGCUGGAAGCCAAUAGCCGCACAUCGGUUGACUAUAAGAACGUUGAAAUCAAGAAUCGGAUAGAAACAGGUUUGCCUACAGGACGUCAAGAAAACCAGUGAAACAACUCGCAAAAAAAAAAAAAAUAAAAUGCAUUGGGUUCUUUCCCUUUUGUUUCCUCUCUUUUUUUCCAUUUGGGAACAUAAAGAAGAUUAUUUUUGGUCAGCCAUCGUCAGUAUCACGACGCACCUGCCCCAAUAAACAGGUUGGCGACAUGCUUUUCAAUCGACGGCUGCAUUGUUGGCUUUCGUUCACGACGCUCGUGUCCACCUGCUGCUACACUUGGAGCGAACACGCGGCGAGUGCGGAAGCCAUCACUGCGAGAAAAUUACUCAAAAACUGGAGCCGCAAAGCGGAAGAAGACGCCAGACUGUUUGAUCGCCUACCUCAACAUGAUGAGCUGUUCUUAACGCCGCCGCAAGUGAUCAGGAAACGGGGCUACCCUGUCGAGAUCCAUCACGUGACCACAGCUGACGGGUACAUUUUGGAACUUCACCGGAUUCCAGCCAAGCCGUUGAAUGACGGGUCUCCUAGAAAGGCCGUUUUCAUCCAUCACGGAGUGAUUGAAUCGUCCGGCACUUGGCUCGUCAAUCCGUCCAGUCUCGCUCUUCCGUUUUUAUUAGCCGACCAGUCGUACGACGUGUGGCUCGGCAAUUUCCGGGGCAACAGGUACUCACGGAGACACGUUCAACUCAGUCCAAAACAAUCGAAAUUCUGGCAAUUUAGUUGGGACGAAAUAGGCAAUUUCGACAUCCCAGCUAUAAUCAAUCACAUUCUGACGUUGACGGGCUUGCCGACCAUGUCGUACAUCGGGCACUCGUUGGGUUGCGGAGUUUUCUUCAUCGCCAUGGUCAAACACCCGGAGCUCAACGCCAAAAUCGACACCAUGGUUGCCCUGGCACCCCUGUCGUCUUUUGCCAAUUUCAAAACACCCAUUUAUCGCGCCCUAGCUCCGUUCAGCAGACCCAUAGAGGCCUUUCUGAAGAAGAUUGGAAUUUGGGGAUGGCUCGAUAGCGAUGGAUUGGGCGAUGUUUUGCUGAAAUCCGCGUGCUCGCCCACUUACAAACAAGCGAAAUUUUGCAGAUAUCUAUUGGGGCUCGUAACGGGACACAACAGAGAAAAUAUCCAUCCGAGUAUAGUAGCGUUGGCAGUAACCAAUAUCUUCCGUGGCACGUCGGUGCAAGUCAUAGCACAGUUUGGCCAAAAUUAUUUAGCAGGAGAAACAUUCCAGGCUUACGAUUAUGGAAAGAAAGGCAAUUUGAAACGAUACGGUUCGCCCGAACCGUAUGAAUAUCUCCUCGGAAAAAUCACAGCUCCGGUGUACGUGUUUUCGGGUGGAAAUGACCUGCUUGUAACCCCAGAGGAUGUUGAUUGGCUUCUGACACAACUCACCAAUUUGAAAGGCUCUGUUCGCAUCCCCGAGUACAGCCAUAUGGACUUCCUAUGGGUAUUUGCUAAUUUGAAAUUUAACUUGCAACUUAACUUAAUGUUAUCAUUUGGUAGGGGACUGACGUCAAAGAAAAAAUCUACAAUCCAGUCAUAGCACUUUUACCGCCACCGUGAGCCUUGUUCAGAUGCAAUAAUUUAUUCGAUAUAAAAAGACGAAAUAGACCUUGAAGUGUGAA